UCAACUUCACUUCACUCGCAUCGUCUGUCAGCGAGAAUCACGGCAGAGACAGCAGUUAUUGAUAUUUCCCGUCGGCUAUUUAUCUUCCUAGCUCGUGGCAUUUCCAGCCGAUACUAUUGGAUUGGACGCCUUACAUUACAUAUGCGCGAAGUAGCCAACAUUAGGUCUCGUGGAGCCAGUUAGGGUGAUCGUAACCUUAUUUUCAUUCUUCGCUUGUAGAGCCAGCGACUUGACAGAGAUGGUUGGCAAAUCUAGCAUAUGUACCAGAGAUCUUAGGAAGGGGUAAAUCAACCUUACCGCAUUUGAAUCCAAGCGCGUCGCUUUGUUAGUAGAGUGUCACUCAGUUCGGCUGAUAAUUUGAUUUUGAAACGCUCACAACCUACGAUGAAACCCUCAGACGAUUGGCGGCAAUCUUGGCAGGCGCUUAUCAAGUGCGAUCCCGGUGACUGCUGACCCAACGCAAGAGUUAAGUGUUCAUAACAAGGAGAAUAAAGCCUUAGCUCUUCCAACUUCUCGAGUUGGUGUUUCUGGAGCAUUUUUUCAUUUCCUUGGUUGAGUUCCCCUCCGUUACCAUCACCGAAGGGUUUCAGUAACUUCGUCAAACGCGCCGCCAUCUGCCGCGAUGGGCGCGCAGCAGUCCGCGCAUCAUGGCCGCGGAGGCGUCAAGCUCCGCCGCCGCACGAGCGGAAUGGGCGGAAUGACUCCGCACGAGCUGCAGGCGGCGGGGACCGACAUUUCGCACGCCGUCGCGCAGAACCAGGUGCUGCAGCAGCAGCGCGCCGAGCACCAGCAGCGCGUUGCGCAACAGCAGCAGGUGUCCCCGCAGGUGAAGGCACUGGCGCAGGCGCAGGCGCAGGGGCAACCGCAAUCCCCGGGCACGCAGCACUCACCAGGCGGGGGCCCAGUUGGCGGGAUCGGCGCGGGUGGCGGCGGAGUGGGGGGCGCCGGCGCGGGUGUGCCCCCGCGGGACUUUUCCGCAGGUUCGGAGUCGCGGCGCCGAACCAAGGUGUCAGCUUUGGAGGUGCCGCCGUGGGAGAUCGUGGCGCAUCUGACGGAGAGCGACUGGAUCGCGCUGAAGGCGUGGAUCGAGGCGGGAUGGAGAUGCCGCAAGUGCGGCCAUCUGAGAGACGACGGCGCGGACCACCCCAAGACCCUGGCGCUGCUGCACCGCUGCGGCAUCGUCCCCCCCCACCACCCCCACACCCCCUCCCACGCGCUCUCCCAUGCCUCCUCUGCCCCCGGCUCCCCAAGCUCCGCCCAAUCCGGAGCUGCCAGGUGGCAGCAGCAGCAGCAGGGGAUGGGGCAGCAGGGAAUGGGGCAGGGGUCUGGGCAUUCCCCGUAUGGUGCUGUGGAGUAUUCUAAGCCGUCCCCUGACGGGCAGAUGGAGUUUUUAUCUGACCAUUCGGGGGGCAGGAGUUCUCGAGGGGGGUCGCCCGGCCACCCCAUGCUUCGCACCGCAACGGGCAGCAGGACCGCGUCUUAUAUGGGCUCGCCUGGGCGGCAGUUUGGGGGAGGGGCGGGGGGGAUGGGCGGGGAUAUGGGAGGGGGAAUAAUGGGAGGAGGGGGGGACGGGAGAAGCACGGGGCGAAUGAGCAGGUCGACCCACUAUGGGUCGGAUUACAGUGUGAGGGGCAUGGGGAAAGACAGCAUGGGAGGGGGCGGCGGAAUGGGCGAGGGGAUGGGCGGGGGAAUGGGCGGAGCAGGGGGGAUGGGUAUGGAUGCGUGCCCUAGACACCUGGCGCCCUCCCACCACCUCAUGAGCGGGGAAGGGCCCGUCAGCAGAAGCUUCCACGAGGGUUCCACAUGGGAGAUGCGGCGAGGUGGGGGAGGGGGGAUGGGACCCGGUGGCGGGAUGGGGGCGGACGGGGGAGGAAUGGGGGGAGUGGGGGGAGGGGGAGGGAUGGGUCCGCCCCCGUUGAUGCGCACUAUGAGCAUGUCCGAGGCGCUGCAGAGGAAGCUGCUGGCCGCUAUCACCCGCGCUCACCAAGUGUACUUCAUUGAUAAGGAGCCCAACGGCAGUCUGGUGUUUGACUACCUGCUGUCAGCGCUGCUGGAGGUCACCGAGUCCAGCUUUGGGUUCAUCUCCUCCGCUCUGCUCAAGGCGGACGGCACGCCAUACCUCAAGACCCACGCGAUGACAAACGUGGCAUGGACCAAGGAACUAAGGGCAUGGUACGCGGCCAACGCGCACAAGGGCCUGGUGUUCACCAACAUGAACACGCUGCAUGGCACGGUGGUGCUGUCGGGGCAGCAGGUGAUCUCCAACGACGCCAGGAACGACCCGCGUGCCAGAGGAGUGCCCCCGGGCCACCCCGUGAUCGAGAAGUUCAUGGGGAUUCCGCUCUACACAGGCACGGAACUUAUUGGCAUCUUUGGAGUGGCGAACCGCAUGCAGGGGUACGACGAGCAGCUGGUGAAGGAGAUCGAGCCGCUGACGAUGACGAUAGCACAGAUGAUCUACGCGGUCAAUGAGAGGAAGAGGAGGAAGGAGGCGGAGCUGCACCUGUCCAGCGUGGUGCAGGUGGCCAAGGAAGGAAUCAUGUCUCUGUCUCACAGCGGCCAUGUGACGUCAAUGAACCUCUCGGCGCGCCAGAUGUUUGGCUAUGCGCCCACGCCCGCCGACAGCACUGCUAGCAGCGCUGCGGGCGGCGGCAGCAUCAUCAGCCGCGACAGCAACAACGUCACUCCGCCCCCCAACCUGCAGUUCCAAGACCUCAUGGUCGAGAUCAACGGCCAGGGGGACUUCCUUGCCAGAGGUCUGGACGCGGCAAGUGGCAAGGUGCACAAGGGCAUCGGCAGGCGCAUGGACGGCAGCACGUUUCCCCUGGAGGUGUCGGUGUCCAAGGGCACGUACGACACUGUGUUCUAUGUGGCGGUGCUGCGAGACAUUUCUGAGCGACUGGAUGCUGAGAAGAAGCUCAAGGAGAGCGAGGAGCGGUGGCUGUACGCGUUGUCGGGCAGCGACGACGGCGUGUGGGACUGGAACGUGCGCGACAACACCAUGUUCUUCUCCGACCGCUGGAAGCAGAUGCUCGGCUACGAGCCUGGGGAUAUAGGCUCAACCCUAGACGAGUGGGACCGACUGCUGCACCCUGAAGAUAAAGAUCGAGCGUACGCGGAUCUGAAAGAGCAUCUAGACGGUGUCACGGCGCAGUUUGUGAACGAGCAACGGUUGAGAUGCAAGGACGGCAGCUACAGUUGGUUCCUCCACCGCGGCAAGGUGCUGAGCAAGACGGAGGACGGGGAACCGCUGCGGUUCGUGGGGACGCACACAGAUAUCACAGAGCGGAAGAUGUUCGAGCAGGGCAUGGUGCAGGCGAAAGAUGAGGCUGAACGGGCGUCUCAAGCUAAAGCAGAUUUCCUGGCAACCAUGUCCCAUGAGAUCCGGACCCCCAUGAAUGGAGUAGUCGGGAUGACAGCUCUCCUUCUCGACACGGACUUGACUCCCGAGCAGCGCGACCGCGUGAUCACGAUCCGGGAUUCGGGCGACAUGCUGCUGCAGAUCAUCAACGACAUCCUCGACUACUCCAAGAUCGAGUCCGGCAAGCUGGAGAUCGAGCAGACGCUCUUCAACGCCAUGCAGGCCGUGGAAAGAGUGGCCGAGCUGCUGAUUCAUAACGCUGAAUCCAAGGGAUUGGAGGUGGUCAUUGAGAUCGGCCCCGACACGCCUACUUUCCUGGUUGGGGACUCGGGACGGACGCUGCAGGUGCUCAUCAACCUCGUGUCCAACGCCAUCAAGUUCACUGAAAAGGGCCACGUCAUCUUCCGCCUCUCCUCCCACACCGCCCCUCCCCUCCCCUCCUCCUCUUCCUCGUCCUCUCCUUCACACCCUGCACUCCCAGCCCCCUCCUCCUCCUCUUCCACCAUCACCACCCUCACCACCACCACUAACAAUAGUGGGCCGAUGACGGCGCAGCAGUUCUGGGUGUGUCAGGUCAUCGACACCGGGAUAGGCAUUCCCAAGGAAAGGCUCGGCCGGCUCUUUACUAAGUUCUCUCAGGUCGAUGCAUCAACCACACGCAAGUUCGGAGGCACGGGACUGGGUCUUGCCAUAUCCAAGCAGCUGGUAGAGCUGAUGGGCGGCAGCAUCUCAGUGGAGAGCGAGUUCCACGUGGGGACCACGUUCACCGUGCACCUGCCAAUCAACUCGCACCACCCCGCGUACACGUCAGCGCUUUCCCUGUCCAUGUCAUCGCUGGCCAAUCAGAGCAGCAGCCUUGUCGUGUCUGAGUCAGCAAUCCCCCUCAGCCUCCCUUCCUCGUCCUCCACUGGGAGUGGUGCUGGGGGAGGGGGGGGAGCGGGAGGAGGGGAAGGGGGGAGAGGGGAGGGGAGGAGGUUGCCGUUGUCAACUGGCAGUAUCCCAUUGGCUACUGGGAGUGUGGCGGAUGAGCUGCUGAAUCUGAGACUGCUGAUUAUCUCUCCAGUGCAGGUCACAGCAUCAGCCAUAUCCAAGCAGCUGACAGCCUGGCACGUGCCGCACUCCCUGCUCCUUGCCACACCGGAAGAAGCCAUUCUCCAGCGCCUGCCAGCUGGCACUCUGCCACCUGCUCCCGCCGCCCGGCUGGCACCGCCUGUGCGGUGGAGGGAUGGGAGCGAGAGGGAGGGCGUGGCUGAGGACUAUGAUGCUGUUAUGGUUGACCUGAGUCAACGCCCAACCUUGGCUGACGCCAAUGUCAUUGAGGUGCUGGAGUGUCUGGGUAGGGACCGCGUGGGAGUUGUGCUGCUGCUGAAUCGCACUCAAGUGACAGAGAAGACAGAGGCGGAGCUGAGGGCGGUGAAGCACUGGCAGGAUCGUGCCCCGCCCGUGCUGCUGAACAAGCCCAUGGUUCGCCCCAAGGCUCUGAUGGAGGCGCUAGAGGCGGCCCUAAGGGCAACGCCAGGAGGGGAGAGCCUGCUGCAGUCAGGGGCGGGGGGAGGGGCAGCAAGGGGAGGGCGGGCAAGUGCGGCUAGUGUGAGGGCAGCUGGGGGCAAGCCCAGUGGGCCAAAGCUGAGUGGACGGAUCCUCUUGGCAGAAGACAAUGCAAUCAACCAGAAGGUGGCCAAGUCGAUGCUAGCCAUGCUGGGCGUGAGUGUGGAUCUGGCCAACAACGGCUUGGAGGCUGUCAACCUGUUUGAGAGAAACCAGUACAACCUUAUCCUCAUGGACUGCCAGAUGCCUGAGAUGGACGGAUGGACGGCCAGCAGCAAGAUUCGAGAGUUGGAGGCGUCUCGAGGGCAACCGCCAGUCACCAUCGUCGCACUGACGGCCAAUGCUCUUAAGGGCGAUCGGGAGCAAUGUCUUGCUGCUGGCAUGACAGACUACAUGUCCAAGCCUGUGAGCAAAGCAGCGCUGGAGAAGGUGCUUCGGCACUACCUUGUACCCGCUUGAUCCAUCAAGUUCUACCCUGUGCGGGCGUAAUUAACUGCAGCUCAACACCGUUUUACUGUACACUGCCAAAAGAAGCUUUGUUGUCUAUGUAUACGAGUUCAGUGGAAGGUCUCUCCCCUGCGGGAAUUGUCUAGCUAGUGGUCAAACGGUGUAUGCAACGCCUAAUAGCAUCCUUCAUGUCAAGUUUAGCCUGGCAGCUAGCAAGGCGCCAUGACCUGGUGCCACCUGUGCUCUGACUCCACAUCAGGUGUACCAAUAUGUCGAGAGAUCUCCAUGCUCGUCAUCACUUCGUUGGUGUCACUAAUUAUGAAGAUCCGGUUUUUUGUAAAGCACAUGUAU